AUGGAGAGUUGCUGGCUCACCAUGGAAAGCUAUCAGGCCGCUCUAGUCGUAUGCAUAGUUUCAGGGCUGAUCUUGGCUGUUGCCGGCUAUGGGAACGUUAGGCGCCUUGCGUGUGAGUUUCUCCUGAAGCCGCCAAAGAGAUUCCGCGACGAUAUAUGCGAGGCGCUGCUGCGGGGGCCUGAGAACGACCAGAAGCCAGUGCUUGUGGACUUUGGCUGGCGGCAUGGGGCAGUGAGGCGUCAGAUGCUUUUAGCAAGCGCGAAGGCGAGUGCUUAUUCCAAUGAGCGACACGGCUCCAAGAUCCAUAUCUCACCAGAUGAUAUCGCCCGCGGAAGAAGCUUUGCGGAUGCGCUAGACGUCCACCGCCGAAGCGGGCGGAUAUUGUUCGGCUUUUUCCACCCGUUCUGCAACGCGGGCGGGGGCGGCGAGAAGGUGCUGUGGAAAGCAGUGGAGACUACGUUGAAGCAAUCGCUAAAUAAUAUUGUGGUUGUUUAUACCGGUGAUUGCGAUACAACGGGUGCUAGAAUUCUAUCUAAUGUGGAGCACCGUUUCGGAUCUCAGUUGGACUCGGAAAGAAUUGUAUUCAUAUUCCUGCGCCACAGGAAAUGGGUUGAAAGCCGGACCUGGCCCAGGAUGACGCUAUUGGGCCAGGCUCUCGGAUCCAUCGUUUUAUCGAUUGAGGCUGCAUUGUGUUGCCCUCCGGAUGUGUGGUGUGACACAAUGGGGUACCCUUUCGGCUAUCCGUUUGUCAGUUGGCUCUGCCGUAUUCCGAUUAUUACGUAUACACACUACCCGGUCGUUUCAAUUGAUAUGUUGGACAAGUUGCGAAUGAUGCCGGAAUUUCGCAAUUCUCCUACGUUAUGGGCAAAGUUCCUAUACUGGCGUAUCUUCAUGCGCUGUUACACCUUCGCAGGCUCCUUUGUUGACCUGGCUGUUACUAAUUCCACGUGGACUUAUAACCAUAUCAAUGCCAUAUGGAGCCGGACAGGAAACGUGAGCAUUAUCUAUCCGCCCUGUUCCACAGAGAAUCUCGUUAUAGAGAACGCCCAUGACAUGUGGGAUCGCAAACACCAGGCCGUGGUGAUCGCUCAAUUCCGUCCGGAAAAGCGUCACGCGCUGAUAUUACGGUCUUUCUCAAACUUCGUCAAGAAAACCGGCUCCAACAUGAAGCUUCUAAUGCUCGGCUCUACAAGAGGACAAGAAGACCGAGACUAUGUUAAAAAAUUGGAACAAUUGGCAUACUCCGAACUUGCUAUCCCGAAAGAAAGUUUGGAGUUCAUAACAGACUGCAAGUAUGAGAAGAUGAAAAAGUACCUUCAGGAAUCUUCCUUCGGAAUCAACGCCAUGUGGAAUGAACACUUUGGGAUCGCUGUAGUCGAGUAUGCUGCAUCUGGUUUAAUAACUCUGGCGCACGCUUCUGCGGGUCCGCUUUUGGACAUUAUUGUCCCAUGGGAUAUUGAAGGUGAUAAGCAAUUAGAGCGUGGUUCGGACAAAAAUCGGACAGGGUUCUUUUUCAAAGACCGCUCAGAUCCCGAUUUUUGUAAAAUCACGGCAGAGUUCCCUACGUUAGAGGAACUAUUUGUGCGGGCGGAUCAACUGACGGAUGAAGAAAGGCUAGCAAUUUCGCAAAGGGCGAAAAGGUGUGUAUUGCAUAAAUUCUCCGACCUCAAGUUUUCCGAAGAUUGGGCGCAAGUAGUGGAUCGUACGAUCCAGCUACUCCACACACUUCGGAAUGAUAAGGUUGAAUAA